AUGGCGGCGGAGUGGCUGCUGCUAGCGCUGGCGCUGGCGCUGCCCCCCGAGCGCUCCCUGGCGGCCGAGCCCCGCAAGGUCCAGAUCGGCGUCCGGCGGCGCCCGGAGCGCUGCGGGGACCGCUCCCGGCGCGGGGACGUUCUCACCCUGCACUACUCGGGCACGCUGGAGGACGGGACCCUUUUCGACAGCAGCCUGAGCCGGGAGCAGCCGUUUGUUUUCUCCCUGGGAACUGGACAGGUCAUCAAGGGCUGGGACCAGGGGCUGCUGGGGAUGUGCGAGGGGGAGAAGAGGAAACUCGUGAUCCCCCCGGAGCUGGGUUAUGGGGACCGAGGGGCCCCCCCCAAAAUCCCAGGGGGGGCCGUGCUGAUUUUCGAGGUGGAGCUGCUGAAGAUCGAGCGGCGCCCGGAGCUUUAGGGGGACCCCAAAACCCCCAGGAUUUACCCCAAAAUAACCCCCCAAACCCCGGGAUUUUGGGGUCCCCCCCAGGUUUUUCUGGGGGACCUUUUGUGGGGAAACCCCCAAUUUUGGGGUCAAUAAAGGGUUAAACCAAA